CUCUCUCCUCCUUCCCAAAUAUCUCAUUUCCCUUCCUUUACUUUCUACUCAUUUCUUUUCUUUUCAUAAUUUCCAUGGUCUCUUCUCCAAACAAAAAGCUAAAAUAAAUUUACAAUAUGUCUUCUUCCAUUUUGAGCUCCCAAGGAAUGGCCAUGGCUUUGGCAACAGCCAUGGCAGCUCUCUCUGGCACUCUCAUCGUCCUCUCCCUCUGCCUCCAUAAAUCCCACUCCUCCAUUUCGUCUGUGGGGAAGAAGAGAGAGACGACGGAGAAGAAGAAGAGGAGAAAGAGGGUUCACUUUGCAGAGGAUGU